AUGACUAGCUUGGAGACUAGUCUGGCGCAGUCAAGGCAUCAGCAUGCACGUGUAGCACCUGAACCUACCGUGGCCGAACCUGACCCUGAGCUGGAGGAGUCUCAAGCAGGGUACGACCCCAUGGAUGUGGACCUGGAGGUAAUUUCGGAGGAGGAUCCAGAAGAAGAAGAAGACCCUGAAGCAGAACCUGAAGAAGCCCCAGAGGUAAAGCCUGAAGCAGAGCCUGAAGAGGAACCGGAGGACGUACCCGAGUAUGAGCCAUGGUAUGAUCCCGAAUUCGUGCUCGAGGACAAGUCGGACGAGGACCCAGUUGAAGAGGAGCGAGUCGAGGCUCCAGCGGAGUCGGGUGACAUAAACAAUCCAAACGAGAUCGAGGCUGAACCGGAGUCCUCAGAGGAGCCGACAGUUCAGGGGAGUUCAGAUGCGGUUGAUGAGGAAUCCGACUCUGAGUGGACGCCAAGCAGAGGGCGUAGAGGCUAG